AUGACAGAAGAACAAGCUUGGGUUUUUGACUCUCUUGUAUGUUUUUUGCAUGGUCCGGUAUGGAAUGCUCCGAUCCAAAACUUUAUUGAGGAAAAAUCAAUAAUUUUUGAUUCAAAUGAUUUAGAUGAAAAUAAUAGUGCCUACAAAAAUCUUCACGAGGAAUACAAAAAUUUAGUGGACUUUAUGCUAGGCAGUUUUAUGGAAGAGCUACAAAUUACCACCGAACAGUUUGAAGUAGCUUGCUUAGGAAACCGCAUGCAAAAUGAUUCAGCAGGAAUUGAUGAAAACACAAAAGAUAUAUCGUUUUCGUUUCAUCAAGGUUUGUUUCAACAGAUUUGGGCUGCAAAUGACAUUAGAAUUUUUAUAAAAAUGAUGAUGAGACGUAAUUUAGAAUUGCAAAUUCAAGCGUUAGAUUUAAUCGAAAGACAACAACACUUACCUUCAGCUAAUCAAUCAAAUGAUAAAUCAGAAGAACAAGCUAAUGAAUCAUUGUACAAUGAUGGAAAAAUUCCUGAUGAAGAUUUCUUAUGCCAGUCAAAUAUUUCAACUCAAUGUUUGCCUAACGAGAAUGUGUCAGAAAAAUCCAAAGAUAUUCUAGAAGCUGAAAAAUUUAAACGUUUGAAUCUAUUCUUCGACCAUGAAAAGAUAGACACACGUGCAAUUCAUGAAAGACAGAAGUAUUUACGCGCCCAACGUGAUAAAAUACUUCAGGUUAAAAAACAAGUUAGAACUAGGCAAUUAAACGAAACCAUGAUUGUAACCGGAAGACCACAAUCAGCAUCUAUUGCUGCUGCAAAGAUUCUAUUAGAUGAUAAAAACAAAGACGGAACCAAAUUAGACUCGAAAUUAGAGUCAUCAACGUUGAGAAUAACAUUAGCAAGACGGCUUAAGUCUGAAAUUAUUGAUGCCGCUUCUGAAAAAAAUGAAUAA